GUUAAGGAAUUUCCAAAAAUGGCGACUUCGCCUAAUACUUCCACUUUGACUCCUAAGAAAAAAGACGAAUCGUUUCUGGAUAAACUUGGAGGGACUUUGGCUCGAAAGAAAAAGUCAAAGGAAGUGACUGAACUCCAAGAAGAAGGUAAAAAUGCCAUUGAGUCACCAACCAGCCCAACAAUUCCAGACAUUGGCCCUGAGGGCUAUCAUCUUGGUGAAAACGAAGAACGUUCUAUGAUUGAACCCACGUCCCGAGAAGACCCAAAACUUAGAGAACUUAUUAAAACAUUGUUAGAUUGGAUCAAUGAUGAAUUGUCUGCCCAUCGUAUUAUUGUCAAAGACAUUGAGGAGGAUUUGUUUGAUGGACAGAUUUUACAGAAACUUAUUGAAAAGCUCUGUAACAUCAAAGUGGAUGCUCCGGAAGUGACUCAGUCGGAAAUCGGUCAGAAACAGAAGCUGCGAGUAAUACUGGAUUAUAUCAACAGUAUUCUCAACCUGCCCCCAGUGUGGAACCAGCAGAAAUGGAGUGUUGAUAGUAUUCACUCCAAGAACUUGGUGGCCAUUCUUCAUCUGUUGGUCACACUGGCACGUCACUUCAGAGCUCCAAUCCGAAUGCCAGAAAAUGUUUCUGUAAUUCUCCUUGUUGUACAGAAAGUGGAUAACAUAUUGCAAACUCGAAGAAUAGUAGAAGAAAUUACAACAACCAAUGAUGAUAUUGGGGCAAAGUUCGAAAGAGAUGCUUUUGACACAUUGUUCGACCAUGCUCCUGACAAACUGAAUGUUGUUAAAAAGACACUUGUUACAUUUGUCAACAAACAGCUGAUGAAUAUCAAUCUAGAGGUCACUGACCUUGACACACAGUUCCAUGACGGAGUGUACCUGGUGUUAAUCAUGGGAUUACUGGAGAACUACUUUGUGCCUCUUCACAGUUUUUACCUCACACCCACCACCACAGAACAGAAGAUCCACAAUGUAAUGUUCUCGUUUGAACUGAUGCACGAUGCUGGACUUCCCAAGAACAAGGCCAGACUGCCAAGACCUGAAGACGUGGUCAACAUGGACCUGAAGUCUACGCUGCGGGUUCUGUACAACGUCUUCACCAAGUACAAGGACACCCGGAGCACCUCGACACCCACCAUGUAGACACACACCCUCUCCUCCAUGUAGAUGUCGUGAAGAUUCAAGUCUAGUCGAUCUGUUAUACCAUGACCAUAAUGUAGUACCAACCAUUUUAUACAUCAUCACUUGUAGUGCUUGUAUGUCGAAUACUCGGUUUAAUCAAAGAUUACUAAUUAGAAGAGAAAAGAAAACCCAAAAAACAACAUGAGUGUUUUAAUGUACUCAAAUUUUUGGGUUAGUAAAUAAAUAAACAAUUUUAAUGAUGUCUCUCUCUCUCUCUCUCUCUCUCUCUCUCUCUCUCUCUCUCUCUCUCUCUCUCUCAUUCUGCUGUUUAAACCAUAUUUAUUGUAUCUGCAUGUAAUGAUAAUAAUGAGUGUUUAGAUGAGGUCUAAAUUAGAUGUUAUUAACAUGCAUUGUAACAUGUCAAAACUAUUUUUUUCCCCAUAUUACAUACAUUUACAACCUCAUGUACAAAGCAAAAACAGUAAAACAAAUAAAAUGUUCACAAAAGAAAAAACAUACAUAUUGAUGUAGAUUCUUUAACUCAAUAAGCUACCAGCAAGUGUUCAAUGAGUUGGCCCAUUUGAACAACUCACUAGCUAAGUCCAGUGGAUGGUUUCACUCACCAACUUCAGCCCAAUUAAUGUGCUGACCUUCCAAUUCCACUCGUAAGUAUGUCAGUCCAGCAACCUGAUCCAUUUGUUCCACUCCCCAACUGAAGUCCAAUGUGGUUGGUCCAUUUGUUUCACUUAUCAACUUAAGCCCAAUGUGUUUGACCACUUGUUCUAUUCACCAACUUAAGCCCAGUGUGUUGGUCCACUCUUUCUACUCACUAACCUAUGCCCAGUGUGUUGGACCACUUGUUCUACUCACCAAUUUAAGUCAAGUGUGUUUUACCACUUGUUCUAGUCACCAACUUAAGUCCAAUGUGUUUGACCACUUGUUCUAUUCACCAACUUAAGCCCAGUGUGUUGAUCCACUCUUUCUACUCACCAACUUAAGCCGUUUGUUGGACCACUUGUUCUGCUCACCAAUUUAGGUCCAGUGUGUUUGACCACUUGUUCUACUCAUCAACUUAAGCUCAGUGUGUUGGACCACUUGUUCUACUCACCAACUUAAGCUCAGUGUGUUGGACCACUUGUUCUACUCACCAACUUAAGCUCAGUGUGUUGGACCACUUGUUCUACUCAUCAGCUUAAGCCCAGUGUGUUAGACCACUUGUUCUACUCACUAACUUAAAGCCAGUGUGUUGGACCACUUGUUCUACUCACUAACGUGAGCCCAGUAUGUUGGACCACAUGUUCUACUCUUCAGCCAGUUCAACUUAACAACACACGUACAGUCAUUUUUGUGUUUUAAUUUUAUUAUGAUUAUUAAAUUAUCACCUGUUAUGUCAUGUCUCUUUUAUUACUGAUGAGUAAUGUUCUGGGCAUUAGCUUGUCAUGAAAACAUUAUAUCUGUUUUUACCUAAUAAUAUAAACAUUGAAUGUGUUUACUAUGCAAGUAUCUGUUGUAUGUGGUAAAACAAUGUAUAGAAUGUAAACUAACUGGACAGUACAGCCAACCUCGUGCUUCCUGUAUAAACACAGCAAACGACUUUGCAUAUCUGUAGUAUAUAAACGCAAGGUGUUGAAACAUUUCAGUUUAGUUUAAAUCAUUGGGUAUAACAUUUCUUCUAUUAACUUUGUGAUUAUUACUAUUAAACCAUUUAUAUAUAUAUGUAUUAGUAAAAUAAGAAAUAAUUAUCAUGACAACUAUAUUUUAGGUGGCCUUUUAAAAAUAAUAUUAUUUUGCUUUUGGGUUUUUUGUAAAUGCAAUUUGCAAAACAUAACAUCUAUACAUGUAUUUGCAUUGGUGACAAGAUUGUAUGGGCAGUAUAACUGAUAUAAUCAAUACUUUAAGUUAAUUAACCAUUUAGAAAAAGGACAGGUCAUGCAAAUAUUGUGUCUAUAACCAAAGGAGCAUAACCUUGAUUUGUGUUAAUGUCGGAGAUUUCAGUUUUCAUAAACUAUAAACUUAGAUAAUUUGUUGUUCAUAUGUUAUAACCUUUGUGUCAUGUGCGUAGCUUGAAUAUGUACAGUCUCACAGACACGUCUAAAUGUUGAUUUAUCAUGGUGCUAUUAUAUUGCAUUUACAGUUGACUUGUAGUCAGUGCUUGUAUUUCGGUAUCCAAACAUAAGCAGUGGAGUCCUGGCUAUUGUAAUCGUUAGAAUUAGUAGUCUUAUUACUCAGCUAAUAUUUUCAUUGUUCAGGUCCUAAAAACUAUUUGACUAGAAGAUGUGUACAUUAUCUUAAAAAAUGUCAAAAGAUAGAUCUCAUAUGUGAAAAAAAUAUGCAGGAUAUAUAGCCAUUGAAUUUGUGGAAUUUGAUUUCAUGAUUCAGUCAGAAUUGUAAAAAUUAUACAAUACAGAGAUAGUUAUUCGUUCUCAUAAUCUUAAGAUUUGAACUAAACAUAUGAGAUUCACGGUAGCACAGAAUCCCGCUAAAUUCACAGCCUAGUGUGUUACGGUUACCUAAACCCUAUUUGGAUCUAUUAUUAAGCAUAUUGUAGUAUUUUAUUGAUCUUAAGAUGAAUUCUUCAUGGUUAUAUAACGAUUUUGCAAAAGUGCUUUGAUAAAAUAAUUUUAAAUUUGAUGGAUAUUCAUUAGCAGUUUGGAUCCCAUAUGAUCACUCUUUAGCUUUAAUAUCUGUUGUUGUUUGUGUAAUCUGUAUUAGUAAUUGAUUUUGUAUCAGUUUUAGCUGUGUAUUUCUUUAUAGUUAUGCAUGUUGUAAACGGUGAACUCUGUCAAAACCAGAUUCAAUGGGUUCUAAUGAAAUGUGCCAGAAUACACAGAGUGCCAGAUCAGAUAAUUGUCACCCAUGGCAUUGUCACUGGACAGGCCUUUGAGAUAUGCCUGUCACAGUGACUUGUAGCAAUCUUCACAGCAGUUCAGCAAGAAUUCUACAUGUUAAGCCUAUCUACAUGUAUACAAUAUGUAUAUAUAUUAUAUAUUGUAUACUUGUAGAUAUAUAUAGCAAGCCUAUCUACAUGUAUACAAUAUGUAUAUAUUUUAUAUCUUGUAUACCUGUAGAUAUAUAUAUA